AUCUGGUUUGUAUUGAUUAGUAACACAAGACUAGGAAGAUUGAGAAGAUGGAGAACAUGUUUUAUAUUCUUCUUCUAAAUUUAGUUUUCAUGGGUGUUAAGUGUGAGCUGGCUCCCCUUUCAUUCAUCCCGGAGGAUCUUUUACAUUAUUUUCAUCCGGAAACUCUGCUUGAAAGUCGUCUUUAUCCUGGGGAAGUUGAGACAAGGCAAAGGCGAGAAGUUGAGGAAACUAGUUCCUUGGAACCAAAUAUAUUUACUGUAUCCCAUACACAUCUAGAUGAAGCGAGUAAGCUUGUGCAAACCAAGUGUAUGAUGGUUCAGACAAAAAUCAAAAUCGAAAUUAGGUAUCGUCUACGACCUACAGGAGUAGGAAAACGUAUUUACACUAUGCCAGAUAUCCCAGAUAAGGUGAAUGGAACCUGUGCUCUUGAAACAGAAACAGCAACAAUGUUCAUUUUCUGGCCAGGUUUCAAUUUGUCCUUGGUGUUUACUAAAAAUCCCGAGGGAAACUCCUACUAUAUGAACAGAGCAGUUGUUCUGUUGGACAAAAAUAACCCUGCGAUUAAAAAAGAUUUUUCGAAUGCUCUCAGAGCCUCCAAUUGUGGUCACCUUCACGGAUCCCUAAGAAAAUUUGGAACAGAAAAGGCAUUGACCUCCAUUUUGACCGAGGCUGAGGACCAGGGUCCACUCAUGCUCUUCAAUGUUGUUGACGACGAGAUUGAAGGCACAAUUGAGUUUUCUGAGACAAGAUUCCAACCGUUCAUGAAACGGGCUGGAGGUAUCUGGGGGGAUAGGGUUGAGUGUUUACCUAGGUCAAUCCGUGAUGUGAGAGAUACAAUGCCUUUUAUUUGUGGAAGUCUUGUACUGCUGGUAUCUGCUGCUACUGUUGGUGUAUAUGGUAUACAGAGAACCUGGUUCUCAGACUCCAAAGUUGGAUAUGAUACAUACGGAGAGGAGAAGGUUGAGAUGAAACAGGUUAAUCAACCAAAUANAACUAUGGAUCAACUUAAUCCAGAACUAUGGAUCAACUUAAUCCAGAACUAUGGAUCAACUUAA